AUGAUUGACCCGGAAGCAGUCGGCGCAGUGAGCCACGUGUUCGUCGCGCAGCAGCAUGGACAGAAAGUGUCUGUGUGCAGAAGCUGUCUGUCUGUAGACUGUCUGUCUGUAGACAUGGUGGAGGUCUCAGUGAAAGCACCGGAGCCGGUCCGGACCACCGGCAUCCUGCAACAGAACCGAGUCUUCCUCGACUUCUUCUGGGACUUGGCCAAACCGGAUCAGGAGGUUCGGCUGAGGGCGGUGGAAGACCUGAUCCGGUACCUGAAGACCAACAACAAGGCAGACGAGUUGGACUACACCUUUAAACGGCUGGUGGAUGGACUGGCUCACACACGAGAGGCUGCCAGACCUGGAUUCAGCCUCGCUCUGGGGCAGGUCUUAAGUUCCUUUGAAGACGUCUCUUUGCAGAGUGUACUCAUCAGAAUCAGAGAGAAACACAAUCCGCAGACGGUGAAGAAGAAACUGCUCAGAAAUGCUUUCUUCGGAAACAUGUUCGGUGUCCUCGCCCUUUAUCAGUCCGGACGCCUCUCUAAAGAGCCGCAGGUGGUGUUGGGAUGUGUGCAGCUCCUCCAGAGUCUCAGCCAACAGAGACAACACCUGAAGGACCUUCCCACGAAGACCAUGAUGGACAUCCUGACUGAGAUCCCAGAGGAGGUGUUUGAGGAGGUCCUGUUCAGCGCCCUGCAGGCUGACCUGGCAUCAGCCUUCAGGACUCCAGAGCAGCUGCAGCUGCUGCUGGUCGCGCUGCAGCGCUUCCCGCAAACCCUCAAACCAAAGAAACUGAAGAAGCUGCUGGGCUGCUCGACCAUCAUCAACGCCGACAACAUCCCCAAGCUGACGGAGGUGUUGAAGAUGGCAGCCCGCUCAGUGAAGAAGGAGUGCGUCCUCCCAGCGGUGGUUCUGGACCUCCUGAAGCUCUCUCUGAAAGAAGACAGCUUCCAGCUCUUCUGGAACAACGCCAUCAUCAACGGCAUGUUGAAGGAGCAGCCGGGACCAGCACACUACCUGAGCUUCCGUCUGCUGGGCAGUGCGCUGCCUCUCCUGUCUGUGGCCCAGCUGAAGGAGGUGUUGUCUGGAGACGUGAUGAUGCACUACGGGGAACAUGUAGUGUCUGCUCAGAAACCGGACCGCUUCAAGCUGGCCCCAGAAAUGGACGUCUACGUGUCGGACUUCUUGGAGGGCUGCCAGGACCCCGACAGACAGCUGGCAGUGAUGGUGGGCUUCUCCUCGCUGACCAACCAGGGCUACCCCGUGGUGCCGUCGGUGUGGAGGGUGGUGCAGCACCUUCAGCCCGCAGCGCUGCAGCAGUACGUGGACUGGCUGAAGAAGAUGUUCCUGCAGCCUCAGAUGGACCAGCUGCUGGACUUCAGCACCCGCAAGCAGAAGGACAAUCCGGAAGGACGGGAACAGAAAGAGAACGCCAUAUUCCGCCUGAGGAAGUGGAUUAUCGCUCGGCUCUCGUCGAUCAUUGACAACCACCAGGUGAAGAGGCAGGAGGAUCUGAUCAUGGACGUGGCCAGGUUCGUGUUUUUCCACGCUUUCUUCAGUGCCAAGAAGGCGUCGGCCGACAUCCCAGAGACGGCGGGGAAGCUUUCUGUCCCGCUGGACGACAAAACCAAAGGAGUGCUCGUCAAUUCUUUCUUUGGACUCCUCCUGUCCAUGCACCACCUGCCUCUGAUCGAGGACACGGCCGAAGGCGCCGCGGUCAACCAGAAGCGGCCGCUGGGUGUAACCUCCGACGGCACCAUGUGGAUCUACCACCUGGUCCAGUACGCCCAAGUCCUGCUUAACCAGCCAAAACACGUCCAGAGCAGCCAGCCCUUCAGCCCCGAGCAGAAACAGGCCUGGGACUGCAUGUUGGAGUCGGUCUCAAAGCUGAAGAAGAAGGCGAAGAAAGGCCCAAAUGCAGAGAGCACCGCGUUCCAGCAGCUCUUCCUGUUGGUCGGCAUGCACCUGUUCAAGGCCCCCGAGGAGCUGCUGGACAUCAUGAAGGACCUGCAGAGCUGUGUGGACAAAGCUCAGGAAAAGAAGGCCAAGAAGAAGAAGACGACGAAAAAGAAACAAGCCACAGACGAGGAGGAGGAGCCUGAGUGGGUGGAGGUGAUGGUGGACAUCUUGUUGUCCCUGCUGUCCCAGCCAAGCCGACAUAUCAGACAGGUCUGCAGAACGGUCUUCUCCUCCAUCUGCCCACACGUUACCGCGGCGGCCCUCACCGCCAUCUUAGACGUCCUGGACCCAGAGAAGGAUGAUGAGGAGGACAGCGCUGUGGUCGUCACUGACGACAACAAAACCCAGAAGAAACCAGAUGAGGAAGAUGAUGAGGAUCACGAUGAGGAGAUGGAGGAGGACGAGUCUGACGGAUCUGACGAUGAGGAAGAUGAGGAUGAAGAUAAUGAAGAUGAUGAUGAUGAAGAUGAUGAAGCAAUGGAGGAGGAAGAGGUGGGAGAGGUGGACCAGAGUUUCCGUUUGGAGCUGAUGAAGGUCCUGCAGCAGCAGAAUGCUCUGGCCACUGAGGAGGACGCCAGCGAUGAUGAAGACCUGGAUGAUGAAGCCAUGAUGGAGCUGGAUAAAGGCCUGGCAGCGCUGUUCUCAGAGCAGAAGAAGAAGAGUCAGGCCAAGAAGGACGAAAAGGCCAAACUGCAGAAGGAGAAGACGCUGGUCCGGGACUUUAAGAUCAAGGUACCGGAUCCUCAGAGUGUGUUCGUGGCCCGGCAAGGCAGGGCAGGUCCUCUGGUAUCUCGGAUCUGGGUGGAGCCGCUCACCAUCAUCGACAGAGGAUAGAGCCCGACAGCCACCAGCAGGAGAGGACUUCCUCCCCGCAGAGCUGCAGAUAUUUUCAGGAACCAACUGUGCAGGUCGAAGGUUUACUGCAGGACCGUCGGUGACAGACAGGGGGAGCUCCAUGACCUGCUGGAGAAACUGAUGACUAAAACCCAGAAACUGUCCGACUCCGCAGUCUGCCUCUACUACUUCAGUGCAUCUCUGUACGUGGUGAAAGUGCUGCGAGGAGCUCCGCCUGCCGACGCCAAAGAAGAGCAGGCAAACGACUUGAGGUUCAUGGGCAACGUGGACGUUGAUCGGGUCUCUGCCGUCUUUAGAGAGGCUCUGAGCUCCUUCAUGAGCAAGAGGAAGAGUCCUCUGACCGCUCAGAUGUUCACAGACCUGUUCAACAGAUUCCCGGUUUUGUGUGUGAACCUGUUGGAUGCAGCAGUGCAGCACAUCACAUCUGGGGUCAGAGUGCACCAACAGGUAAAGAUUGACUCUCACUGCAAAAUCCCCUCAGAUAGCGGUCUCACCCUCGGUGUCUUCUUCUCCCCUCAGAGUCUCCAGCAGGUGGGUGAGACUGAGAGCAAGGUGGUGAAGGAGAAGGUGGUGAAGACUCUGGAGCUCUGUCAGUUCCUGGUCAAACACGUUCACCAGCAGAAGCUGUCUGUGGACCUGGAGCCCCUUCAGAAGGUCCUGCAGUCCCUGACCAGCGUCAUCGCUUUCAAGAAGACCGGCAAGCUAGAGGACACCUACUGGGCCGUGGUGAAACACUUCGGAGUCAUAAAACCCAAAGUAGAAAAGAAGAAACCCGACAAGGACACCGACCAACAGCAGGCGCCCAAAAAGAAGAAAGGUUUUCUGCCAGAAACAAAAAAGCGUAAAAAGCGCCUGCAGCCUGUUUUAGAGCCGGCGGGAGACAGCUCGACCUCCGCAGACAAACCGGGAGCAGACAAAGGACAAGCCAAAAAGAAACAUGACAAGAAAGCUAAACAGAAACGACCGGCCGACAGCGCGACCGCCUCUCAGCCGAACCCAGCCAAGAAAAGCAAGACGCAGUCCGACAGCACGCCAGCCAAGAAGAAAAAGAAGAAACCCAAACAGAAGAAAGAGGGAGGAGGGAAAAUGUAAAGUGGACACUGCGGUUGAAUUGUUCAUUUCCUUUUUAAAAGAGGCUGUGUGGUCGUCUGUUCAUUUUUCUACUGUCCGUACUUCGGACACUAUGUUUCAGUGAGAUAUUAAUAUACGUGUUAAUAACUUGUGUAGGAAGUGAAUUCAUAUGGAUUAUUUUUCUAAUGUGUGACUGAUGUUGAUUAGAAAGAAAACAAUAAAUUCUCUUCCUGGAAAUCGAUCAAA